AUGGGUCUUCCGACUACGUCCCCUCCGCGUUCCUCGAUUCGUCGCGCUGAUCGCGCGAGUGAACGGGAGCGCCAGCGCAACGUGGUUCGUCGCGCCGCGGCCCGAAUUUAUGGUCCCGUGCAGCGCACAGUGAGCACCACAGAGCAUCGCCCGCUGCCAUGGAUCGAGUCGGGCACGCCAUCUGAGAUUCUCACCGCGGAUGCGCGGGACCCGGUGCAUUCCUCCCUAAACACUGCAUCAGUUGUGGAGGAAGCUCGCACUACCGCACGCCAGCGCAUGGAAGCACAUAUGGCUGAAGUUUUCGGUACUGGCUGGCAUAAUGUGCCGUAUGGCCCUCCCACAGACGAAGAGAACCGCGAUAAUGACCUUGGGUGGUGGUCCAUUGACCCACGAGGACGGGCUCGACACCCGCGCAUCGACUCCGAUUUCAUCGCGCUUCACUCGCAGCCCUGA